GCUGCAUCUAUAUUAAAACAAGCUGAAGGCCUCAUUACUUUAAUUGUAGCAAAUCCUAACAAACCAUCACCUGGUUACAUAUAUGAGGACGAAAAGAAAUGUGCAGAAAUCAUAGCAAAAAAUCCUGAAAAGAAUAUGACGAUAAAAUCUUGUGAAAAGAAAAAAGAGAAAAGUCCUCCACCUCUGCUACCUCCCAAACCCAUACAUCUUAUGGGCAAACCAGCUCCUAGCAAUGCAAUAAGUUCCACCAUAACCUCAAAUGCAGUAACAAAUUCUGUUUCAUCUGUAACACCCACCACAGUAACUGUUAAUGAGACAUCAUCAUUAUCCGUUGCUAAAACUGAAGAUGCCAAUGGCAACAAUACUUUAUCUUUUCAAGAGGACAGUGAGCCACCACUCGACCCCAAGAAAUGUGAUAUCAGACCUGGGAGAGAAACACUGAUUGAAAUUACGAAGGAUAGAAUUGGUCUUGGCCUUAGCAUUGUUGGAGGUUCCGACACACCUCUUGGUGCUGUAAUAAUUCAUGAAGUAUAUCCUGAUGGUGCAGCUGCAUUAGAUGGUCGCUUAAGGCCAGGUGACCAAAUUUUGGAAGUGAAUGGUGAAGACCUUCGGGAUGCACUUCAUGAGCAUGCAAUUACUGUUCUGAGGCAAACACCAACAGUUGUUCAGAUGCUUGUUUACAGAGAGGAGGGUCACAAUCAUGAGGAAGAUGCUUUUGAAACAUUAGAUGUAGAGCUGUACAAAAAACCUGGGAGAGGGUUAGGUUUAAGUAUAGUUGGACGAAAGAAUGGACCAGGUGUUUUCAUAACAGAAGUUGUUAAAGGUGGUAUAGCUGAAGCUGAUGGUAGACUAAUUCAAGGUGAUCAGAUUUUAGAAGUCAAUGGACAGGAUUUAAAGUCAGCAUCACAAGAGCAUGCAGCUGCAGUUCUGAAGACUACGAUGGGUAGAAUACACAUGAAAAUUGGUAGAUUAAAAGCUGGGUCUAGGCGAAGUACUUCUAGUUUAACAACUACUCCAAAAAUUCAAGAAAGUUUAGACUCUCCUGCUGAACUGAAAACAAUUACAUUGGAACGAGGAUCUACUGGCCUAGGCUUCAGUAUAGUCGGUGGAUAUGGCAGCCCUCAUGGAGAUCUUCCCAUAUAUGUAAAGAAGAUUUUCGAUAAUGGGGCCGCAGCUAAAGAUGGUCGACUGAAACGAGGUGAUCAAAUUCUAAGUGUCAAUGACCAAAGUUUGGAAGGGUUGACUCAUGAAGAAGCAGUCAAAGUUUUAAAAAAAGUUUCUGGAACUGUCAUUCUUUCAGUGCUGUCUUAGUGAAAACUGUCUAUUAUUAUUAAGUUUAUCGAAGCAAAUGAAAUGUCUUGUAAAUUAAGCUUGUAAAGAUAUUGUUUGUACAUUCCUGUUAAGAGUGAGAAUUUUGGUUGCACACUGAAACGUUUGGUGCUUUUAUCUUGUUAAAUAUACAUAUACACCUGCACAAACCUCACAUUUAAACUGCUACAGGCAGCUGUAUAAAGACAAUGACAUGAAUCAUUACAUGAAAUCAAACAAAGUCUGGGGAAUGUAUUUUCUGUAGAAUCAAAUAUACACAAGAAGUCCAUAACUUGGAAAUAUAAAUGGCUAUUGGAAGUAUUGAAUCUUGAGGUGGCUCAAAUAAUUUUUAUCUCAGGUACAGUUGAGAAGUACAUCAUGAGAAGGAUUGACCAACUCUGCAUACAUCAAGAAGCAUGUAAAAUUGCUUGAAACUUUCUGUGUGCAGAAUAUAAUAUUGUGCCUUUUUGUUUUCUUCAUGCAUUAAGAGACUAUGUCAUUGUCAGUGCUGAAUAUAUAAAUUAUUAAAGAUUUUUGCAUAGUAGGGCAACGUUGCAAUUCUAUCUACAUUCAGUCGUAUGAAUGAAAUGCAUGUAGGUAAAUUAGAUGACUGCUGAAAUUAUCUUCCCCCUCCCACAAAUGAUAUUAGUUUUCAAGUGCAAUGAAACAUUUCAAAAAUGCAUCAGUCUGUAACUUGAUUAUUUAAAUUAAAAUGAUUUAAAUAUCAAUGUCCAGUUUUAUUAUUAUUGUUGUUUCUGUAUAGUAUGUUUUUUAAUAUUCUUUUGUAGUUAAGUAUGGAUUCAAAUGAUACUAUUUUAUGAGAAAAAAAAACAUGUUCUAAGUUUUCUAUAAUUAUUCAAAAUAUUUUAUCUUUGGAAAUAAAAUACAAUUUAGAACAUGAUGUAUCUUUUUGCUUUAAAUAUUUGAUUGUUUAAAACCCUUAUGUUUCACAUGAUGCAGUAUUUAAGUAGUUCAGGCAGAAAAGAAAUUUGGUGGAAGUUAUUCAUUUUUAAAAAAUGUAAUUUUUAGAAUUUUGUAGGAACUUUUGAUGGAGGUAGACUAUCAGGAAUAAAAUUUUGUAUCCCCCAGUAAGUGCCAUUUUUGUUACAGAAUAUCAAAAACUGUCUGUCCAUUUAAUAUGUGUGUAAACAAUAUCUCUUGUAAAAUGAAGAUAAUGUUAUGGAAAGAAAUUUUCUCAAAAUCCAUGGUCAUAUACAACUAACUAUUACUGACUAUAUUUUUCUUUUAGUACAGUUAGAAAGAGUUCACUGUCAUCAUUUUGUAUUAUUAUUUUGAAGUUGUAUUUUACAUAAAGUAACAAAUUGUUUUUUCUCUAAAGAUAUGUACAUUUUAUACCUUAAAUUAAGAUUUUUAAAAAUUAUUUUUAAUGUUACAAAUACUUAUGAAGAAUUUCAGUAUUAUUUAUCUAUAUCUUAUUUUAAGAUUCCUCCACCAUUACCAACACAGGUCAAAUUAAAUUACUUAUUAUUAGAAAUACUUAUAUCGAGAAAUAACUUAUUUAUGUUAUUAUUCCGUAAUUAUAACAAUUAAAAUUUCCCUCAGUAUUGUUAGUAAAUAAGUGUUCUUAAAAUCUUCUGAACUUCACAUAUGUAUGUAUAAAUUGCUUUUUUCCAAGGUGGAGAAUAACACUUUUAAUAGACAUGUGAAAUUUUUCAUUCUGAUUUUUAAUUUCAGAGUAUCUAUUUGGUAGAAGUACUUAGAUAAUAUUUUAUCUUCAUAUGUUUCUGCAUAUCGACUCACUUAUUUAGUAUGUUUCAGUACCUAGCUUUUCAAAAUAUUUAUUAUAUAGGCAAACUGUUAUUUAGUUUCAGAACUUCUAACAGUUUUCAUUCCCUCUCAAACAACCUUCAACAUCAAGAAAUUUAAAUUAUAAUAUCAAGGAAUCAGACAUUGUUUUGUGUAUGGCUAUCACUGCAUAAAAAAACAACGUAAACUGCUUUUACUAUAACAUCUCUAUAAAAACUCUUUGUAUGAUAACAGAUUUUAAAAAUUCUGAAAAAAAUAUUAAAUCGUGUGUUUAUUAGAAUUACAAGAUCAUAGAAAACAGGUUAUAAAUCUGAAGUAUAUUUGUGUGCCUUUUAUAUUACCUAUAUCUUAAAGUAUGUAUCUUCAGCUUGUUUUCUAUUAUGCUUGUACAAAAUGUUUAUGUACAAAAAUCAUUUCAGGUUCUUUAUAUAUAUAUAUCCAUAUAUAAAAUGACCGAAUGCUCUAGAUAAAUAUGUUUUUCUCCUGAAAUUUGUGAUUGUCUAUAAAGUUGUUGAAAAUGAUAUAAAAAUAUAAACCAUGGAAUGUAUUUAUAUUUAAGUUUUGAACCAAACAAAGGAAAAUAUUCUUAAUAGAAGUAGAAAUGAUGAAAUAUUACUUGAGUAAAAUUUGUUUUAU